AUCCGGCAUUUCUAAGAUGCCCCGCGCCCGUCGCCGUCUGAUCCGACUGGGUGUAUCGAUAACAAGAUGCGGGGAGAAGUUGGGCGAGAGUCAGGUGGUCACAUAUGAAUCACGUCAUAGGGUAUCCCGACAACCUCUUGUGGUAGGCUCUGACUGAUUGAGAUUCACUCAGGCAUACGUUAUUAGGUUGCCACAAUGAGAAAAGGACAUUUCUGGCCACUAUGCCAGUCUUGUAAACCCAAUCCGGUCCCUCGUAACCAGCGCGACUGACUGAUUCGGCACGUCAGAAGUUGCUCCCUUGACAUACCUUGGAGAGACAUUCUGAUCAAAGCUACCGGACAUUCCGGACAGAGAUCGAUCACCUGGCUUAUAAACGACUAGUGAGCUCGACGGUUGCCGCUUGAUCUCGGCGGCUCAGCACUUGUCUAUCCCUCGACCUCUGUAUUAAACAACUAGACCACGCUCCUCCUGUCCGACGCAGCAGCCAUGCUUGAGGAGUGGAGUAUAUUCAAGAAGGUCGGCGAGCCUUCGGAAAACAAGCCUCCCUCUCUCCUUUACAUACUGCCCACCCUCCGCACACCUUUCCGCCGCCGACGCACCUUGGAACCACCUUCACCUCCUCCUCAGACGGCCUCAGAACCAGAACUUUCAUCGCCAGCCAGCGAUGAUGUACCAUCCCUCUCCAGCUCCCCGAGCUCUCCCGCUUCACCCGGGUUCCCCCCUGCCAGCCGCCUCUCCUGCGUCCGGCCCACGACCCUCCGCUGCAGGGCUUGCUCCGCCGACCUGGCGUUCCACGACCAGAUCAUUUCGAAGAACUUCAUAGGCCGGGGGGGACGCGGCUACCUCGUUGCGCCACCAUCAGAUCAACCCACCCCCUCCUGUCCGCGCUCACCGCCCGGCACCUCCGGCUACCGGCUGGUGAACAUACUGAUCGGCACGUCCGAGCAGCGCCGGCUGACCACGGGACCGCACGUCGUGGCCGACAUCAGCUGCGCCGGGUGCGGAGCGAUGGUGGGGUGGAAGUACAUCGACGCGCGGAAUCCGGAGCAGAAGUACAAAGUGGGCAUGUUCAUCCUGGAGACGGCACGCGUGGUGAGGUUCCACAGCUGGGAGGACGUGGAGGACGUGUCCGCGGCCGAUGACGGCCACGCUGAGCUGUGGGAUGCGGAGCGUGCGGACAAGGACAGGGGAGUUCCGCUGCCUGAGUUCGACUCGGAGGAUGAGGACGAGUGCGACGAGUUGUUUGCGGGGACCUGGGACCCCAAAAUGGCCUUGGUGAGCCGGGUUCUGAAGAAGCACCGUGGCGUUGAUUAUGAGGAAGCACCGUAGCGUUGUCUGAAGCGCGGUUGUUCGGGAUGGCGGGGUGAUUCAUUUUGUUGUUGCUUGCCGUUCGUUUCGAUGCCGCCUCGCCAGUCGGUGAAGGUAGGCUGAUAUUCCUUCUUUCCUUAUUUUUUUUGACACUCCGUUACCAGGACAAGCCCGGGCAGGUCUGGGCGCCAUCUCCUUUUCUUUUUCUUUUUCUUUUCAGGGGCUCGGGUUGGCCCUCUGUGUUUCUGCUUUUAGGGUACUGGGACGGCGCAUGCGAUACGGGAUGGUGGGAGCAUCAGAAUGUGAUCAAGGAAAGGGCAUAGG